AUCAUGCAGCAGCAGGCUCAAUUGGGCGCAAGGUCCUCACUGCCGCCGCGGGGAGGGGGGAACGUGGCUUUGCUUCUUCAAGUGACGUGGCCCACGAGCUCGCUAUAUAGGAAGAUGUUACGGUUGUAGUAAGCCCCUGGUGGGUGAACCAACCCAACGCGUGUGGCUAGCCAGCGGUGUAUGACUUCUGUUGUUGUUUGGAUCGCACCGGCUUUCUUCCUCAACGUCUUGCUCUACUUGCAGUUUUUGCUGGAUAGGUGGUUUCAGUAGACAGAAGCAAGCAUCGCCUGAAGCUGUCGCCAUGUCCAUCAUUCAACCUCUCACAGCGCGAGGGGCGGCAGAUUCAGAUGCAGCUACGGCGAACCCGCUGCGUCCAUUGCCAAAGGCUGGCCCCCAAUCAGACAUACUAGCGCAUUUCGACAGUCGCGAUUGCCUACUUCUUGCUCAAGCUGUGCUCGAACUGAGCAAACCGGCGCUUGACUGGAAACAGGUGUCAGAAGCCCUGCUUAACCAUUCGCUCAUUAAGGACGAGGCGCGAGUCGCUUCACUCGAAAAGCAAGGCACGACUCCGGAGAAGGUCUUCAGCGUGCAAGGGUGCAAGCGGGCUUGGGUGGCACUGAUGAGGCAGCGUGGACUUGUCGAGGACCAUCCAGUGCAAGACAAGAGAAAUGCAGCGGAGGACGUCAAGGCUUGUGGCCCAAGGCCACGCUCAGACGAGCAAUCCAAGCUAGCUCUCUGCCAGCUGCUUUACGUCGAAAGAAUCAUGGGACUACAGGCAGCAAUCGUGGAAAAAGAGACGAAAUACAGGGAUCUUGUUGUUCAACUUGAUCUUCUAGAGAAGCAGGACGCAGAGGAAACCUUGCUGGAUACUACAGCCGCCAAAGUUCAUGCACCGGAAUCCGCCAAAGAGGUUUUGACGCCUCCAAGAGCAGGUCGGGAAAAGCGCUCUUCUAUCAGAGCGGUAGCGGCCAAAACUCUACCUCCUAAGAACCCGACUAAGCUCAAUGCACCACCUCCAAAGAGUGCUGAAGUGAUUCCAGAAGCCCAAGAGCCAUCAGAAACACGAGAAACAAAGGACACGCAGACGCAAUCUGACACGCAGACAACAGAGUCGAUUUUAAAAGAUGAGUUACAGAUUGGCACCGCAAAGCCAGAAGCAGUGUCAGAAGCUUCGGCAGAAUUACCAACUGCUGAGAAAGCAUCCGAGGAAGCCAAAGGCGACAAUGAGUCACCUGCGAAAGAUGUCGACCCAGCUUUCGAGAAAGAGGGCUCUGCACCUGCUACUCGUGCUGGAAAGCGCAAAGCGCAGGCUCGAGAGUCGUCGGAACCUGCAGAAGACGAGGUGAAGCCGAUUGGACGCAAGGCUAAGAGACGCGCAAUAGAAGCGGAAACAGAGGAGACAGAAUCAGCAGAAAACACCCGAGAGCCUACGCCCGACGACGAAAUGGACGCAAAAUCGGAAAGGCCGCUGCGUAGCAGCAAGCGGAAGAGAGACGGGUCUGAGAAAGAUGGUGGCCCGCCUGCUGGUGGCUCAUCGCGACGGACAUCCGCAACCACCGAUGCCGUAGUGGAGGAGACACUGGACACACCGCGCGAAAAACGGAAUCGCAGACGUUCAUCGGUGACGACUGAAGACAAAGCUCCGAUGCGUGCAAGUACCCGCCGAAGCACGCGUGGGCGAGGUGUGGCGGCUGAUGAGGAUGAAGACUCCCGGAAUCCAAGCGCCGCUGGAUCAGCUGCUGCGGAGCGUGAGUUCGCCGAGCCUCUUGAGGAGGAGCCUGCGAAGGAGGGCGUGUCUGCAACUCACGCGGAUCUCGAGGCCGAGGUGGAUGCGGCCGAUGAGGAAGAGCAGGCAGAGAAGGACAAGGGCCCCAAAGAAGUCGAUGGAGAUGAAGAAGAUGAUGAUGAGGAAGAUGAGAAGGGAAAAGGGCGGCGGCAGCCUACAACAAGGGCCAAGUCCUCCAGGGAUAAGGGCCGCAAAGCUGGGUUCGCCGCGCCUACACAAGCAGCUGCUACAGACGAGGACACGGAGAAGCAGAGGAAGAAGAACGUGAAUGUGCUUCUGAUGCUGGUCAAUGAAGUAGGUAACCACACACAUGGGAAUCUCUUCAAUGCGCCAAUCAAAGAACAGGACGCGCCGGACUACUAUCAGCUGAUCAGACACCCGAUGGAUCUCAAGACAAUCCGCAGCAAAAUCAAGGAUUCAACCAUACGCACCCCUGCUCAGCUCCGACGAGCGCUCAAUCAGAUGUUCGCCAACAGUCUCAUCUAUAACCGCCCGGACACAGAGGUGUAUCGUAUGGCAUCAGAAAUGCGGCAAGCAGCAGAUGAGGCCAUGGAUAGAUUUGAGCAGGCACAGGCUGGCGUCAGGUGGUUGUAAUUUGAUUCAGUGCCGGAACAGAAUGGCGGAUCGCCUCCAUUGUAUGCAAUCCUUCGACUUUAUAGGCAGGCUUGUAGUGUGGUUCAGAU